UGAGCGGGGCCGCGUUGCAUUCUGGGACACGGAGUAAAGAUGGUAGCGGUCACGGAGAGCAUGUCGUAGCAACAUCAACGUGUGUUUCUGUUGUUUUAUCUUCGACAACAAGUGACUGAUGCUUUCCCGUCGUAACAAUCACUUGAUAUAGAGCUGCUAACGAGCGACGAAACAGAAGAGCGGAGAUGUUUGGGCUCGGAGGUUUGUUGAGAGCUGGAUCGUCCCUCAUUCACUCUGCUGGACCACUGCUGCUACCAGCCAGGAGCAUCUCUACAGGGACAUGCUGCCAGAUCAGGAUGCAUGCUAUUCCUCAGCCAAAAGAAGUCGACAGGUGGACUGAGAAGAGGAGCAUGUUUGGGGUGUACGACAACAUUGGCAUCUUAGGGGACUUCAAAGCCCAUCCUAAAGACCUCAUUGUUGCCCCCUGCUGGCUGAAAGGGUUUAAAGGUAAUGAACUGCAGCGUUUGAGUAGGAAAAAGAAGAUGGUGGGAGACAGGAUGAUGACUCUGGACAGGCACAACCUGGAGAAGAGGAUCAGGUUCCUCUACAGACGCUUCAACCGCAGUGGAAAGCACCGCUAACGCCGCAACUCAACACUGAGAAACUCUACGUUUCAAAGUGUGAACUCAUCCUACCUCUGUUAUGUCGGAUGAUUGAAUGAGAAUAUAUCUAUGUUUCAGACAUUGUGUAUCUAUUGUAUUUGGACUUUAUGAAGAUUGAUUUCCCCCCUGUACAAAAGCCUAUCAGUAUGCUGAAAAUACAUCAGAAUAUGAUCAUUAAAACAGCCUUUUUCAAUUUAAAUUGCAAAUAAGAUUUGUCUUUGACCAACA